GAGCCGGUGCGGGAGCGCAGCCGCGCGGAGCUGAAGCAGCAUUCGGGAGCGCUGCCCCGCCGCGGGCCGGCUGGAGGAAGUAGCGCCGCGACCCGGCGCCAAGGGUGACCCGGGUCUGGAGCGCAGACCCCGGCCCUGAGAGCGACCCCGGACCGAGCGCAGACCCCAGCCCCGAGCGCAGAUCCCGGCCCUGAGCGCGGCCUCGCCCGCCCGGGCCGCCGGGCCGCGGGCAUGGACGGCGCCCGUUCGCCCUAGAUGGACGACGAUGGCGGCCGCCGAGACGCCCCCGGCGCACUGAUGGAGGCCGGGCGCGGUGCGGGGCCCGCGGGCAUGGCGGAGCCGGCGGCGGUGCCGCGGGCGCGGGCGGCGCGGCCCGGGCCCCAGCGCUUCCUGCGACGCAGCGUGGUGGAUUCUGACCAGGAGGAGCCGCCGGGCCUGGAGGGGGCCGAGUCGCCGGGCGCGCAGCCUCCGCAGCCGCUGCAGCGAAGGGUGCUGCUACUCUGCAAGACGCGCCGCCUCAUCGCCGAGCGCGCCCGCGGUCGCCCGGCCGUCCCCGCGCCUGCCGCACCUGCCGCGCCGCUGGGCGACCUUGCCGACCCCGGUCUUGAGCCCGCGGGCGCUCAGGAGCCUGGCCCGGACCCCGCGCCCUCGCCCGCGCCUGCCCCCGAGGGCGGCCCCCGCGAGGAGGAGGCGGCGGCGGCCGCGAGGAAGGAGGACGUGGGGGCUCUCGAGGCGAGGCCAGAGUUCGGGCGCGCACGCCGGGAGGAGCCCGAGGAGGAGGACGACGACGAGGACGACCUCAAGGCUGUGGCCACCUCCCUGGACGGCCGCUUCCUCAAGUUCGACAUUGAGCUUGGCCGCGGUUCCUUCAAGACGGUCUACAAGGGUCUGGACACGGAGACCUGGGUGGAGGUAGCCUGGUGCGAGCUGCAGGACCGGAAGCUCACCAAACUGGAGAGGCAGCGGUUCAAGGAGGAGGCCGAGAUGCUGAAGGGCCUGCAGCACCCCAACAUUGUGCGCUUCUAUGACUUCUGGGAGUCCAGUGCCAGGGGGAAGCGGUGCAUCGUGCUGGUGACUGAACUGAUGACCUCGGGGACGCUGAAGACGUACCUGAAGCGGUUCAAGGUGAUGAAGCCCAAGGUCCUGCGCAGCUGGUGCCGGCAGAUCCUGAAGGGCCUGCUGUUCCUGCACACCAGGACGCCCCCCAUCAUCCAUCGGGACCUCAAGUGCGACAACAUCUUUAUCACCGGACCCACAGGGUCUGUGAAGAUUGGCGACUUGGGCCUGGCCACCCUCAAGAGAGCAUCCUUUGCCAAGAGUGUGAUAGGUACCCCUGAGUUCAUGGCGCCAGAGAUGUAUGAGGAGCAUUACGAUGAGUCCGUGGAUGUUUAUGCCUUCGGGAUGUGUAUGCUGGAGAUGGCCACCUCGGAGUACCCCUACUCGGAGUGCCAGAACGCCGCCCAGAUCUACAGGAAGGUCACCUGUGGCAUCAAGCCGGCCAGCUUUGAGAAAGUGCAUGAUCCUGAAAUCAAGGAGAUUAUUGGGGAGUGUAUCUGCAAAAAAAAGGAGGAAAGGUACGAGAUCAAGGACCUGCUCAGCCAUGCCUUCUUCGCGGAGGACACAGGUGUGAGGGUGGAGCUGGCUGAGGAGGACCAUGGCAGGAAGUCCACCAUCGCCCUGCGGCUCUGGGUUGAGGACCCCAAGAAACUGAAGGGCAAGCCCAAGGACAAUGGGGCCAUAGAAUUCACCUUUGACCUGGAGAGGGAGACGCCGGAUGACGUGGCGCAGGAAAUGAUUGAGUCAGGAUUUUUCCAUGAGAGCGAUGUGAAGAUUGUGGCCAAGUCCAUCCGUGACCGCGUGGCAUUGAUCCAGUGGCGGCGGAAGAGGAUCUGGCCAGCGCUGCAGCCCCAGGAGCAGCGGGACCCCGGCAGCCCUGACAAGGCCAGGGGCCCACCCACACCCCUGCAGGUCCAGGUGACCUACCACUCUCAGGCUGGGCCGCCAGAGCUGGAGGAGCCCGAGGCCGACCAGCACCUCCUCACCCCUGCGCUGCCGGCCAGCGCCACCUCCCUGGCCUCGGACAGCACGUUUGACAGUGGCCAGGGCUCCACGGUGUAUUCGGACUCGCAGAGCAGCCAGCAGAGCGUUGUGCUGGGCUCGCUGGCAGAUGGAGUGCAGCCCCCCGCCCAGUGUGUGUGCAGCCCCCCCGUGAGCGUGAGUGACGGGCCUGUCCUGCCACAUAGCCUGCCCUCACUGGGGGCCUACCAGCAGCCUGCCGUGCCUGGCCUGUCGGUGGCCUCCAUCCCGCCCCCCGCCCGCCCUCUGCUCCCACAGCAGCCUUUCCCAGAGCCGGCCAUGAGCUUCGCCCCUGGGCUGCCGCCGCCCAGUGCCCCUGUGCCGACGGGCCCAGGCCAGCCCACACCCCCCGCCCACCAGCCUCCUCACCUGACCCAGCCGGUACCCCUGCCACAGGUCCUGGCCCCACAGCCUGUGGGCCCUCUCCAGCCAGUGCCCCCCAACCUGCCUCCACACCUGGCUCCAGCCUCCCAGGUGGUGGCCCCUGCUCAGCUGAAGCCCCUCCAGAUGCCUCCGGCGCCCCUGCAGCCACUUGCUCAAGUCCCUCCGCAGAUGCCUCCACUUCCUGUUGUCCCCCCCGUCACUCCACUGGCCACAGUCGACAGCCUCCCUGCAGCCCUUCCUGACCUGCCAGCCACCAGUGGGCCCGCCGUGCCUCCCCCCUCUCAGUAUUUCUCUCCGGGUGUCAUCUUGCCAAGCCUCCCACUCAGUGCCACCACUGCUCCCCUGCCCACGUCACCGGCCCUGCCUCUGCAGACAGUCAAGCUGCCCCACCCUCCUGGGGCACCACUGGCCGUGCCAUGCCGGACCAUCGUGCCAAACGUGGCGGCCGCUGCUACUGGCGUCCCUCUGCUGGCUGUGGCUCCGCAGGGCGUGGCUGCCCUGUCCAUUCACCCCACCGUGGCCCAGCUCCCUGCCCAGCCCGUGUACCCGGCGGCCUUUCCGCAGAUGGUGCCCAGCGACGUCCCGCCUUCACCCCUCCAUGCAGCGCAGACUGUGCGGGCUGCCCCCCCCCACCCGGCACCCCCCGUGCUGCCACAACCCCACAAGCCGAGUGUUGGCCGCCUUGCCGAGCAGGCAGCUCCGGCCGCCAGUGCUGGGAGUCAGAUCCUGCUUGGCCACCCGCCUCCAUAUGCCGUGGACGUCACCACCCAGGUCCCCACAGUGCCCACGCCUGCUGCCGUUCUCUCCCCACCUCUGCCAGAAGUGCUGCCGCCUACUGCCCCCGAGCUCCUGCCUCAGCUCCCCGGCUCCCUGGCCCCCACAUUGAUGGCGGCUGCUCAGAGCUUGCCUGUCCAGACCACUGCGCUCCUGCCACCUGCUAACCUGCCACUGCCCAGCGGGCCUGGGAUCACUGGUCCCUGCCCAGCCGUUCAGCUGACAGUGGAGCUGGCCCCGGAGGAGCAGGCCUCGCAGGACAAGCAGCCAAGCCUCCCUCAGAGCUGUGAGAGCUACGGAGGUUCCGACGUCACUUCUGGAAGAGAGAUGAGUGACAGCUGUGAAGGUGCAUUUGGUGGGGGGAAGCUGGAAGGCAAGGCCGCUCGGAAACAUCACCGCAGGUCCACGCGUGCACGCUCCCGCCAGGAGAGGGCCAGCCGGCCCCGGCUGACCAUCCUGAAUGUGUGCAACACGGGUGACAAGAUGGUGGAGUGCCAGCUGGAGACACACAACCACAAGAUGGUGACGUUCAAGUUUGACCUGGAUGGGGAUGCACCUGACGAGAUUGCUACCUACAUGGUAGAACACGACUUCAUCCUGCAGGCUGAGCGGGAGACAUUCAUUGAGCAGAUGAAGGACGUCAUGGACAAGGCAGAGGACAUGCUCAGUGAGGACACGGAUGUGGACCGUGGCUCUGACCCUGGGGUGAGCCCGCCGCACCUCAGCACCUGUGGCCUGGGCUCUGGGGAGGAGAGUCGCCAACCCCAAGCGAAUGCCCCGGUGUAUCAGCAAAAUGUCCUUCACACUGGGAAGAGGUGGUUUAUCAUCUGUCCAGUGGCUGAGCAUCCAGCAGCAGAGGCCCCCGAAUCUUCACCCCCACUUCCUCUGAGCUCCCUGCAGCCAGACACCAGCCAAGAUCCAGUGUUCUGUAAAGGCCAGCUGUCUUUGAAGGAAAAACCCAGCUUCUCGGCUAGUCUGCAGCUUUUGAGCCAAGCAGGCCUCAGGGACCCUCCUGGUGGUGCACCAUCCCCUUUGGUGCCAUCAUCCCCUCCCGUGACUGCUGUGCCCCAAGACGUGGCCCCACCAGCUGCCAGUCCUAAGCCAGAGCCAGCAACAGGGGCUGCCAUGCAGGCAGGGGUCCCAGGGACCCCUCAGGGGCUGGCCAGUGAGCAUAAGACCCCCUGGCUACUAGUGGAGACUCAUGAUGCCCAGCUUGCUGCACAGGCCCCUGGCACAGGCCAAGGGCCUUGUGCCCCAUCUCUGGAGACCCCAUCCCACUCCAUGGGUCUAGGGGAUCCUGGCUCAGCCAGAGAGCCCAGCACCAGGGGGGAGCCCCUGUUGGCUUUGGCUCCUGUGUCUGGUGCCCCUGGCGGGGCCCCUCAGCCCACCCUGGGCCAGCCCCUUCCUCCACUCCCCUCUGUGGUGGGCGCCAUCAGCCUGGCCACUCCCCAACUUCCCAGCCCCCCGCUGGCACCUACCGCCCCCCCUCAGCCGCCCUCAGCCUUGGAGUCAGAUGGGGAAGGGCCACCCCCAAGGGUGGGCUUCGUGGACAGCACCAUCAAGAGCCUGGAUGAGAAGCUGCGGACUCUGCUCUACCAGGAGCAUGUGCCCACCUCCUCAGCCUUGGCCGGGACCCCUGUGGAGGCAGGUGACCGAGACUUCAUCCCGGAGCCCCCAAGAGGGGACGAACCCCGCACAGAGGCCGCUGGGGGUGACCUGGCCCUGCUGCCCCAGCCUGCGUUGGAAAAGUCAGAAACGGCCCUUGGAUUAGAUGUCACGUUGGAGCAGGCCACGUCCUUGCCAGUGACAGCAGAAUCGUCUUUGAGCAGCAUGCUGGGCUGUGAGGGAGGACAGGUGGCCUCAGAUUCGCCUGUAGUACCCAGUGUCCCCCAGGAUGCCCCUGCUUCUGCCAUCCCUGCACAUCUGGAGCCCACAGAUUGGACCAGCAGCAGGGUCCCUGGGGAAACCUUGGCCGAGUCCACGCAGAGCUGCCCGGGGACAUUGACUCAGCGUGGCCAGGACAGCCAUCCCCAGACACACAGCACUCUGGUCUCGGGAUCCCCUCAGAAGUGGCCAGGGCAGCAGGAUGGCAGCUCGCCAGCCAAAACUGUGGGCCGGUUCUCAGUGGUCAGCACCCAGGAUGAGUGGACUCUGGCCUCCCCCAGUAGCCUGCGGUACUCAGCCCCACCUGACGUGUACCUGGACGAGGCCCCCCGCAGCCCAGACGUGAAGCUGGCUGUGCGGCGGGCACAGACGGCCUCCUCCAUCGAGGUCGGCAUGGGCGAGCCCCUGUCCAGUGACUCUGGGGACGAGUGCCCUCGAAGGAGGCCCCCCAUGCAGAAGCACACCUCCCUGCCUGGCAGCGGUGGUGGUGUGGCCAGUGACUUUGUGAAGAAGGCCACUGCCUUCCUGCACAGGUCCUCUCGGGCUGGCUCCCCAGGCCUGGAGACACCCAGCAGGAUGGGCGUGAAGGUCCCCACCAUCAGCGUGACCUCCUUCCACUCCCAGUCAUCCUACAUCAGCAGUGACAAUGACUCAGAGAUCGAGGAUGCUGAUAUCAGAAAGGAGUUGCAGAGUCUUCGAGAGAAGCAUCUGAAGGAGAUCUCGGAGCUACAGAGUCAGCAGAAGCAGGAGAUCGAGGCCCUGUACCGCCGCCUAGGCAAGGCGCUGCCCCCCAACCUGGGUCUCUUCCACACGGCACCUCCAGUCGGCCGCCGGAGAAAGACCAGCAAGAGCAAGCUGAAGGCGGGGAAGUUGCUAAACCCCCUGGUGCAGCAGCUCAAGGUCGUGGCCUCCAGCACAGGUCACUUGUCAGACUGCAGCAGAGCCCCUCCUGCUAAGGACCCUGCCCAAGCUGGGGCAGGGCCCACAGCAGCUUCAGACCCAUGUGGGAAGGCAGUUCAGACCCAGCAGCCUUGCUCCGUGCGGGCCUCCCUGACUGCAGACAUCUGCUCCGGCUUGGCCAGUGAAGGAGGCGGAGCGCGUGGCCCAGGCUGGACGGUUUACCACCCAACGUCUGAGAGAGUGACCUAUAAGUCUAGUAGCAAACCUCGCGCUCGAUUCCUCAGUGGACCCGUGUCUGUGUCCAUCUGGUCUGCCUUGAAGCGUCUCUGUCUAGGCAAAGAGCACAGCAGUCGGUCCUCCACCAGCAGCCUGGUCCCGGGCCCUGAGCCGGGCCCCCAACCUGCCCUGCACAUCCAGGCGCAGGUAAACAACAGCAACAACAAGAAAGGCACCUUCACGGACGACCUGCACAAGUUGGUGGACGAGUGGACAAGCAAGACGGUUGGGCCCACACAGCUGAAGCCGUCACUCAACCAGUUGAAGCAGACGCAGAAGUUGCAUGACAUGGAGGCCAUGGCAGGCUGGCCCCCGGCCUCUGGCGAGCCACGGGCUAUGAACACGUCUCGAACAGCAGUGGGGAUGCCAUGUCUGGCCCCGGCACCCAGCCCUCUACCCACCGCGGUCAUUCCUGGAGCUGCCUCAGCCCAGCCUGUGCCCAUGCCAGAUUCUGAAAGUGAGAAGCCCGACUGAGCCCAGGCAGGCCGACCCAGACCCAGACGCCAGGCCCCGUGUCAUCUCAUGCAGAGAAGGGGAGCCCACACCUCGUGUCCGGUUCACGAUGUUUUGUAACCACUUUCUAAGCAUUUUUUAUUCACAAUUGGAAACACAAAUGUAAGCAAGAAUAAAAAAUAUUUUGGGGGAAA